AACUAAGAGACACAAAAGCUUUUUGUUUGUAUGGUGUGCUAUUUUUAUUUUAUUUUUUCAACAAAAGGCCCUUUAAAUAGGAUUCUUCAUUGGGGCAUUUAUUUCCUGCCAUGGGCUUCCCUGAACUGCUAAAACAUUCUAUUUUUUUUUUUUUCUAAGUCUUGUUAAGAUUUCUUCGGCUGUUAAUGAUUAAUCAUUAACAAAACAAGACAUGACUAGCUGAUCGGAGGGGUACAGAUUCAGAGAAGAACAUGAUUUGGUCAUAAAAUACAAAAAAGGAAAGUAGUGGGGUGGUGAGAGUGGGUGGGGACUGACUAUUCUAGGUCGGAAGACUACAAAACAAGCGUGAAUGUGGAACCCCCCUCGCCCAAGUGAGUGAUUUAGACACGGUCCCUAGGCGACGACAUUGCGAAGAUACCUUUCUCGACGGUCCCUAUGACGAAGGUAUGGUUCAUAUUUGCGGAGUGCGGCGACUGUCCAGCCCAUUCAUUACCACGCAGGGGCGGGUGUGUGUGUCUCCAUCUCCGACACCGCGACGAUGACAUUUCACUGAGACGGACACCGACAGUCUUAACUGCCUAAACGCAGUUAACUGUUCUAAUUGGACACUUGGGUCUCGCACAUUAAGACUUGACACACCGCUGGAACAUCAGAGAGACACUGCGAACCAGCUGAUAUUUUGGAAUCCUUUUCGCUUUUCCUGCCUUCUCGCUGUCGAACGGACUUCCCACUUUGCUACCCGUCCCUGUCGCAGCCUGCUUCACAUAUACACUCAUCUAAUUUAAACUUCAUAAUUAAAUCUAUGUGUAGAACAUUCCAAACGAAAGCAUAGCCGCAUACCAUAGCCCCUUUCUCUUGCUGAAAACGGACUCGCGUCUUGUUACCUAGCUGUAUAAUGCCGACACAUUUGAGAUUUCGGAGAAGGUCAUUCUUAGGGCUAUUAUUCCUGUUCUCCCUCUCCACCUCCGCAUUGUACUUCAUCUACUCGGCACCCGGUGUAGUGAAUGAGUACCUGUUUAUGGUCCAGGCCCGUGGGAUCCAGCUCCGGCAGAAUGUGCGGAACAUCGGAGCGCAAGUUAUAGAACAGGUGGUGCGAGGAGCCUACAGCGGGAUCAAUGGCACAGACUACGCCUACGACUUCAACCAGAGUGAGACGGAUGUGCCAGCGACCCCUUACCUACCGGAGGGCUUCACCUACCUCCCCACGCACGUCUGCCCAGAGAAACUGCCCUCAAUGAAGGGUCGUGUGGAUGUGAACAUGAGUGAGAUAGCACUGGAGGAGGUGGAGCGGGCUCUGCAGGAGGAAGAGCCCAGCCUGGGCAUGGGCGGCCAUUGGAAACCUCACGACUGCAUCCCACACUGGAAGGUGGCGAUACUGGUGCCCUUCAGGAACCGCCACGAGCACCUGCCCAUCCUGUUCAGGCACCUGAUCCCCAUCCUGCAGAGGCAGCGGCUGCAGUUUGCCUUCUACGUUAUCGAGCAGAUGGGGAAUGAGCCAUUUAAUCGGGCCAUGCUGUUCAAUGUUGGCUUCAAGGAGGCCAUGAAGGACAUGGACUGGGACUGCAUGGUCUUCCAUGACGUGGACCACAUCAUGGAGAACGACCGCAACUACUACGGCUGCGGAGAGAUGCCGCGCCACUUUGCCGUCAAACUCAACAAAUACUCAUACAUGCUUCCAUACCCGGAGUUCUUUGGUGGUGUCAGCGGUCUGACUGUGGAGCAGUACAGGCAGAUAAACGGCUUUCCCAAUGCAUUCUGGGGCUGGGGUGGCGAGGACGACGACCUGUGGAACAGGGUCCAGUACGCCGGAUACUCGGUGAGCCGACCAGCGGGGGAAAUGGGCCGCUACAUGUCCAUUCAACACCACCACCGCGGAGAAGUCCAGUUCCUCGGGAGGUACACCUUACUGCGACGCUCUAAGGAAAGGCAGAGCCUGGACGGCCUCAACAAUCUGCACUACUCCCCCCUAGUGUCCCGGAGGACUCUCUACACCAACGUGUCCGUCAGCCUGAGCAGACAAAUGGCCCCUGUGGCCGACUACUGACCACACACCUCACUGCCCCUUCACCACCACCCAGCCACCAUGGGUUGAGGAGGGGGUGCUCUCAUUGGGGGAGGGGGUGUGCCAUCCACAAACAUCCCCUCCACUCCAGCCUCAUCCCUGUCCACACACACCCACCCCGCCACACCCCAUGGUGUCCAGAUACCUCCUACCCCGCCCCCUCUCCAGGUCCCCUCUGGGUCUCACUCUGUCCGUUAGAGCAGUGGCGUCUCUGUCUCUGUCUCUGCAGCCAAAGCCCUCCUCCAGGACUCCGGGACAGUGUCCUCACCAGUCACACCGUUCCCGAAGGACAUCUCUUCUUCUGCGCCACAGUGUUUGUCUUCAGUUUGUAUUUUAAGGGUGUGUGUCAUUGUGGAGAAGGAGAGAUGUUGUGGUUUUCCACGCCUGUGUGGUUUCUCCACACUUUUGUCAUGCUCUGAGGGAAGCCAAGUUGAUAUGUAUUUUUUUUUUGCUUUGUUUUGUAUUUCGUUUUUUUUGUUUGUUUUGUUUGUUACUCUGACAAACUCCACUCGUUUGGCUUUCGUAAGCAUCUGGUCAUCUGCCUUUCGCACCAUUCUGGCCUUUUAUCCGUGUGGCUUUUUCGUCUCCCUUUCUUUCUUUCUUUUUUUUUCUCCGUUUGCUCACUACCUCUCUGCCUGGCAAGAGCCCACCAUUGCCGCGAAUUGUGACCCUCAAUGCUUUCCCCGUCUCCACCCGUCGUCCGGUUUGCCCGGCAGGAGACGAGGAAGCCGAGAGUGACGAGGUUUACAAAACAUGAAUGAAUGCGCGGAUGUGUGCGGACAAACAGCGUGCAGGGCGCAGCGGGGGCGGCAGAGGAAAAUAAGCCACGAGGGGAUGCUUUCAGAGGGGAUGCUUCCUCCCUUCAAUGCAACUCACAGCUGGUUCUGUGACGUACCAAAUAGAUGAGCAUGCACUGAUAGUCUCACACACACACACACACACACACACACACACACAUGAAAACAAUGUAGAGGCUCGGGUAGAGAGCGACGUGUGCACUGAUCGUUUAAGCAAACAGCUUUUGUUGUCUCAUAACCACUAAUGUCCAUCCUCUAGAGAACACAUACACACACACACACACACACACAUACACACACACACUCACAGAGGCACACAAACUCACCCAUGUGCAAAUUCACUGUGUUGUCUUAACAGAGAGAAAAAAAAGUCAUAUAGUCAAACAGUUUAUUCUCCAGAAGAGAUUGAAGGCUUGUGUGUGUGUGCAUACGCAGAUGUCUUGCAUAACAGAUGGCGACCACAUUGCCUCUAUGAUGCUAAUGCUAAUGCUAGCAAGCGCCUGCUGAUAGAAGAACAGAGGGGGCUGUUAAAACCCCUCAGAGAACAUCAGUCACAGGCAGUAUGCAAACCAUGUGGAGACACCUGCCCCAAAAAACAAACACGGCCCCAAGCAAAUGGAAAACAUCCCCAGUAGGAGUGCAUGUGCACUUUGUCUUUUCCUUUUUGUUUCGGAAUAACACACAAACUACACUGUACUAUGCUUGUGUGUCUGCGUAUGUGUUUGUAUGUGUGGUUUAAUUUAAGCAUGAGAGAGAGAGAGAGAAAUAUACACACACUGAGAAAGAACUAUGCAAAUGCGCACUGAGUUAAACUGCUGGUCAUGGGUCUGCUUAUCAGCAAAGUCGUAUGGUCAGGUAAUAUAACGUAACAUGGUUAUGUAAUAUAAAAGUCUUAACGAAUGGUAAGGUAAUAUAAUGUAACAUAUCGUUGUGUAAUAUAAAAGUCGUAGCAAAUGGUAAGGUAAUAUAAAGUCAUAUCGUUAUGAAAUAUAAAGUUUGAGCAGCUAAGAGACCCAACCUCUCUUGAGCUACAGAAAAUGCACUGUGAACUUCAUGCGGAUGGACUAGACUGUAAAACGGAGCUUCCUGGUGAGAUUAUAAUCUGGCAUCUGGAUCCUUGGAUCCACGCGUUCCCUCCUUUCCUAUCUCUUGUUAAUGUUUCCCCCUUUCAUACCGAUGUUGUGGAGAGGGGAUGUUUUUAAUAGUGACACAGGCGUCCUGUGUAAUUGUAGAAAAUAGUAGUGUAGACAUUGUGGAGUUCUAAAACCUGAUGGUGGCACACAACAGAAACAGGCCAGAAAGUGUGAGAAAGUUAGAGUGAGAGAGAAACAGAGAAAGAAAGAGAGAGAAAAAAGAAAGUAAGAAAAAGAGAAAGAAAUUAGUGAGCGAAACAGAUUGCAAGAAAUGUGUUAUGGUCUCAGACCCAGCCGUUGCAACAAGAUGUAUCUGCUACCACCUAAAUACUCUGGCACUGUCUGCUGUUUGAAUUACGAAUUGUGUGUGUGUGUGUGUCAGAGAGAGAGAGAGAGAGAGUGUGUAUGUUUUGUUUUAUUUUGUGUACACUCAUGCUUGCGUGCGUGGUGGCGUUGGUACAAGGUCCAUGUUUUUUCCUGUUGAGCUUCAGAGAGCAGCACCCCCCCCCCCCCCCCAAUGUUUCCAUAGUUACUACCUAUGGAAGGGGAGGAAUACCUUCAUCAUGAAUGAAACUCACCUGACAUCACAAACACACACACAUACUCUUGUGUGUUUGUAAUGUGGGCAAACUAUUUCCCAUUCAGCCGGUUCUGUUUACUACCUCCUUCUUAGUGUAUUAGUAUUUGACUGCCCCCCCCCCCCCCCAACCUCUACCACAUACACAUGCCCUGGCUUAGGAGUGUGGUUUAAUCUGAGCGUCUGACUGGACACCAGCCCACUAGGGCACCCCGGGCCCCUCCCGCCAACUUCACAUACACAGUAACACAAAGUCAUCUUCUCUGUCUUUCUAUCUCUGUUAUGUCUAUCUGUCGCUCUCUCCCUCUAUCUCUCUAUCUCUAUCUGUCGCUCUCGCUCUCUGUCCUGCCUCUUAUUUUUUUUCUGAGCUCCACUGAUUCCCCUCCCCUGGUGACCAUACCUGGCCUGUGCCCUUGUAGAGUUUUAAGCUAUGUUCUCCACCCAGCCGUCACAUCAGAAUCAUUAGCCUUUUGGGGACGAUUUACUUGAGAUGUAGUGUUUGAGGUAAUUUCUGUGUUCUUGUUAUAUUAACGAGGCGGGUCCUCUGUAAUUUAUUUAAUCCGUUUUUUUUUUUUUUUUUUUUUUCUGUGACUAUGGUAACACAAGUGUUGCUUUCUUUUUUAAUUAGUACAUGCAGAUCAGCAAAUGUACAGGAAUUGUGAUGUUUUAAAAGAAAAAAAACCUGAGGUAAGACACGUGUUGUUUUAAGUGUCAGAAGUGAACUAACUAGAGACAUGAGUAUGUGAAUGACUGCUUAUCUUAUCAACAUGAAUGGAGCGCCAUUUUGUAUGAUGACACUGGGAAAGGGAAGGGAUGACUGGGAAAAAGCUCUGAAAAGCUGUCCGCCCAACACCUCCUCACUAUUUACGGAUCAAUGGUGCUGACUUCCACGUAUGUGUGGGUGUGUAUGUGUGUGUGUGUAUGUGUGUGCAUGCAAGAGUGGUCCUAAGACCAUGCUGUCUGUUGUUAAUGUAUAUAUUACGUUACCUUGUUAGUUGACACUUACUCUGUUUGCAUCAUCGACAGAGUACUUUUUCCUCGUUAAAAUAUCGUACAAUAAUAACCACGAGUACAAUGCAGACGGCCAAUCACGUUGGUGUUGAGCUCUUGAAGCUCUAGGGCACAAACACGGUCAUUCCCCUAUCAUUCCCAGUGUCUGAAUGAAGUGGUCAAGCCGCCAAUUAUCAGGGGUCUUUUACAGAGGUCUUUAUCUCAACAUGUAUUCUGCUCUCUUCCACUAGGGGAUUAUGCCUGUGAAUCUAUUUAGAAACACCUCAGUCUGUGCAUAGUGUAAAUGCAACCCCCUGCCCCCCCCCCUAUAACUACUCCGUACAUUCUUUAUAAGGUCGCAGCAAGAUCUGGGGAUUCCACUUGAGCUUAUCUAGCACAGACUUUCCUCUGGAUUUGGUCUGAACAUGUGAGAGAGAUCAGGCUAAUGUUUCCCACAGAGAGCAACGCAACUGAGAGACCAGUUCUCACAAAUGGGAACACUGAGACACUGACUCUGUGCAUGACCGUGGACCUUUGACCUUCUCCAUGUCAUCAACUCUGAGCUGGUCGGCCCCUUUGCAUGGCCUUGACGUUGACCUUGACCCCGCGACCUUACAAUCACCCCUGCCUUCUAUGAAGCCCCUGACCCCACCCUCAUUGGCUAGCUCCACUCACCUCUUAGCUGUAAAAGAAGCUGAGCUCAUUCUAUGCCAGUAUGAAUGAAGGACACCAUUCCUGACAAGCUGGCAGCCUUAAGUCUUUAAUGAAUUAAUUUAUUUAUUUUGAUGUUUUCACAUGUUUUUAAUUUUUUAUAUCUAUAUAUUACAUGAAUAUCAAUAUAUAUACAAAAGAUGAGUAUGUUUUUUCAAACUUCAUGUCUAUACAAAAUGUCCUCCUGUGCUUUGGCGGUGUGUUGAAAGUGACAGCUGGUAGAGUCACACCGAUGUGUUUAGAAUGUUGUAGAAUGAACGUUCUCAAGAAUAUCUGGGUCCAUCGAAUAUAACGUGGAAUUUUAGAAUCUCAUGUUGAUGAGCGCAUUCUUUUACUAAAAUGUUCAAAACUUAACUGCUAAAAGGGUUAAAGGUGCAACAACUGUACAGCUUGAUGAACAAAGAUUUGGAGUGGCUGUUGAGGGUGUUGGUUUGGUACUGUGCAGGUUUUGUGAACACCAUGUGAAGUAGCCAUCCAUCUAUCCAUCCAACCAUCUAUCCGUCCAACCAUCUAUCCAUCCUGUUUUGUCAUCUGAAUCAGAUGAAGGAAUCCCAAGCAGAACAUACUACUUAAUAGCCAGUGGCCAUUGGGUCUUUUUAGCAACUAAAUGUCAAGACUGGAUUCCUACAUGGAUCCUAUGUUUGUUUGUUUGUUUGUUUGUUUGUUUUCCUUACACAAACAUGACUAAGUGUAGGAGUAUAGUUGUUGUGACUGUUUACCAUUUCCAGAUGCUCCUGUGAGCUUUCUGUUUGGUUUUGUCGAGCGAUCACACUGUAAAAUAAGAACUUUUGAUCCACAGAGGGGCAAAAGGACAGCCAUCCUCUGCGCCCUAGCUGGCCAUUAGCAGGACAUGAGCCAAAAGAGGAAACAAUACCUUGGUGUUGUUCUUGUUGGCGACCAAGCCAAACUCAACAACCAACUCCACGCUCUCUAAAGUGUCUUUUCUCCGUGACAAAAGCAAACCAUGAGAAAAUGAAUAAAUGAAAAUAAUGUAUGUGAUUGUUCAAGGCCCUCGAGUCCUUGAGUUGAAGCCAUCUGCCACUUGUACAAUUCAGUGUCAGCCUUACGUGUUUGUGUCUUAGCUUCUGUUUGAUGAGAAAAGAUUUGUAUGAUGGAGUGAGAUUUGUUUUUUUAUCAUUGUUGUUAAAAUGAUUGAAGAACGCUAAUAAAAUCUUAAGCCAUG